GUUCACUUGUAAUACCUUGUAGAUACAAUGACUACCUCAUAUGUACGUAGACGCAAUAGACGUAGACGCAAUGGAUGUACAUAAACUCCGUCAUGGCACACAUCAAGAUAAGUCUUGCUCAACUACAAACUUUCUUUCCGACCAUACAUCAAAAUGUCAAAAAUUACAUUCGCUAACCCGACAAUCCCUCGGGGUUCUACUGUUCUCGUUACCGGCGCUAAUGGUUUAAUUGCUUCUCAUGUCGUCGAUCGUCUCCUGGAGGCGGGUUAUAAUGUCCGGGGCACCGUUCGCAACCCUUCCAAGUGCACGUGGAUAGUGCCAUUAUUCGCAUCGCGUCACCCAUCAAGUCAAUUAGAGAUCGUGCAGGUAUCGGACUUCGGUGCUCCCGGUGCAUGGAAUGACGUUGUCAAAGGAGUCGCUGCCGUUGUAGCCGUAGCCGGCGGUGUAGGCAUAGCAGUUUCGGAUAUCGACAAGGCACUCGAAGAGGAAGUGCCGUGGAAUGAAGCGCUCCUACAAGCAGCGAGGAACGAACCUACCGUAAAGGCAUUUAUCUAUACGAGUAGUGCAUGGGCGACAUGGACACCAGAUCCAACUAAGAAGGUCAAAUUGACGGAAUGGACUUAUAAUGACGAUGCCGUGCGAAUAGUCCGGAGCGACGCUACUCCCGAGGAGAAAGGAAUCCGGCCGUAUAUGGCAUUCAAAGCAUUGCUCGAGCAGCGAAUUUGGGAUUGGGUUAAAAGAGAGAACCCCUCUUUCACCUUCAACACGAUUCUCCCCGACACAGUCAUCGGCGAAUGUCUAGACCCCGAAAACCAGGGUAUCUUAAGCACAUGCGGCAUGGUGAAGUCGCUCUACGAGGGCAAGAACCUAGAGGUUCUAUCCAUGCUACCACCGCAAUGGGUUUCCGACACGCGCGACACCGGCUUGCUUUACGUAGCGGCCCUGAUCACCCCCGGGGUAGACAGGGAGAGGCUUUACCCGUGGAGCGACCGGUACAGCUGGCCUAGGAUUGCCCAGAUCCUGAAGAAGCUGUAUCCGCAGAAGGAUAUCCCGGUCUUGGAGGAUGACGGAUGGGAUCAGACGGAAGUGCCGAAUAAGAGGGCUGAGGAAUUGCUGCGCGGCUUGGGCCAGGACGGAUGGACUAGUCUUGAGGAGAGUGUGAAGGCUUGCGCGAAGGGGUUUGUGAAGGAUUGAUCGUGGAUUGAUAUGGCUAUAGCAAAUUUCUAAUUAAGCGAUUGAGAAUAUGAUAUUUAAACGCAUAAACAUGUCCUCAAGGUUGAAGAGGGAGGUUUCAUUAAGCCGGACAAGUUUACAUGGCAAAAGAAGAUGAAUU